GGAAAUAAAGUUGUUGUAAUUUUUUUCGUGCUCUUCUACAAGGCAAAAGGGCAAAAGAAAAAUAGGCAGACCCUUGAAUUUAGGCAAUUGUAGAGAUUAUUGACUGCUGUGGUGUAAAACCAGAUUUCUCUCCAAUCUUCUAACCGAUACCAAUUAUUGCCUGCGUAGGCAUAUAACCCACCAAAAUUCAAGCCAAUUGCGAUGAAGAUGUGACGUAAUCCAAAAGCAUGGAUAAAGGAUCAGAUAUCCAAGAAUAGAAAAACUGUUCCACUAAACGUGUAUAAAUAAAUAUACAUAGGAGCAGUAGGUUAAGGAUUAUAGUUUUCAUCUCCUUGUCGGUCUCUGAAUUCGGGAUUUCCUUCCGGCUUAGGUUGCUGAGGGAGUAUUUUGCCCUUCGGUUUUCAAUGGAGAUGGAGAAAGUACGCCUCAGACAGAAUGUGUUGUUGAAUCAUCUCAAACCCGUUACCUUCCCCAAAGCUUCAACUGAUCUUGUGGCUACAGUAUGUGCAGCUGGAGACAGCGCUGCCUAUGAGCGAACUGGUGUAUUUGGUGAUGAUGUUGUAAUUGUUGCUGCAUAUCGCACACCUAUAUGUAAGGCUAAGCGUGGAGGUUUUAAAGAUACUUUUCCUGAAGACUUGCUUGCCCCUGUUUUAAAGGCGGUGAUUGACAAAACUGGAGUUAGUCCAAAUGAAGUUGGUGAUAUUGUUGUGGGAACUGUUCUUGCCCCUGGUUCUCAAAGAGCCAGUGAAUGCAGGAUGGCUGCUUUCUAUGCUGGAUUCCCAGAGACUGUACCUGUUAGGACUGUUAACAGACAAUGCUCUUCGGGCCUUCAAGCAGUUGCAGAUGUUGUGGCUGCAAUUAAAGCUGGAUUUUAUGAUAUUGGUAUUGGUGCAGGGUUGGAGUCUAUGACUGUCAAUCCAAUGGCUUGGGAAGGCUCUGUUAAUCCAAGGGUUGAAACCCAAAAGCAAGCACAAGAUUGCCUUCUUCCGAUGGGUAUCACCUCAGAAAAUGUUGCUGAACGUUAUGGAGUUUCACGUCAGGAGCAGGACAAGGCAGCAGUUGAAUCUCAUAGGAAGGCAGCAGCAGCAACAGCUGCAGGAAAGUUCAAAGAUGAAAUCAUCCCUGUUGAAACUAAGCUUGUUGAUCCUAAAACUGGAGACGAAAAGCCUGUGACAAUUUCUGUUGAUGAUGGUUUUCGUCCCAAUGCAUCUUUGUCUGAUCUAGCAAAGCUCAGACCUGUAUUCAAGAAGGAUGGUAGCACCACUGCUGGAAAUUCAAGCCAAGUCAGUGAUGGAGCUGGUGCUGUACUGCUCAUGAAGAGGUCAUUGGCCAUGCAAAAGGGUUUACCUAUUCUGGGUGUUUUCAGGAGUUUUGUCGCUGUUGGAGUGGACCCAGCUGUUAUGGGAGUUGGUCCAGCUUUUGCAAUUCCAGCAGCAGCAAAGGCCGCUGGUUUAGAAGUUGGGGAUAUUGAUCUCUUUGAAAUAAAUGAGGCUUUUGCCUCUCAAUACACAUAUUGUAGCCAAAAAUUGGAACUGGACCCUGAAAAGGUGAAUGUUAAUGGAGGAGCUAUGGCUAUUGGUCAUCCCCUUGGAGCCACAGGGGCUCGUUGUGUAGCAACAUUGUUGCAUGAAAUGAAACGACGUGGCAAAGACUGCAGGUUUGGAGUUAUCUCGAUGUGUAUAGGGACUGGAAUGGGAGCUGCAGCAGUGCUUGAACGUGGUGAUUCUGCCGAUCCACUUUGCAAUGCUCGGCCGAUCAAAGAUAAUAGUUUACUUUCAAAGGAUGCAAAAUAGAAGAUGAAUAUCUUUUUGAAGGUUCUGAAGUGCGACAGGUUUUGUAAUUGAUGGAUAUUCAUUUGGCAGCUCCCAUCUAUAACUUUCUUCUUUGUGACAAGGUCUUUUUCAUGGUUUUUUCUCUAGGAUGCGUCAGGGAAAUAAUUAAUAAGCUCCUUGGGUAAUUAUUUUACAUAUAAUACAAUAUAUAAACAAAAUCCCUGUAAGUGAGACAGAACUGAGUAAUGCGAUACCACGAUUUAUUGUUAUGAA